UUUGCAGAAGUCAUCCCAAAGAAGCGAGCCAACUCAAGGAUAGGCCAAUCAUUAUGUUUUGAAAACCCACCGCAGCAUGUGGAGGUGAAGGUGGGACAAACUGCCAGGCUGACGUGUAGUUUUACUGGAAGCCCUCCUGUAGCAUCUUGUUGGAUCAGAAACAAAGAACAGAUAGUGGACGGCCUAGAGCUGAGGACAGAAAAUACUAAUCGGAGUAGUACGCUGGUUAUAGAAGAGGCUAAACCCCAGGACACAGGUCGCUACACCAUUGUAGUAAAAGACCGAAAGAGCUCAGCAGAACACACAAUCACCCUUUCUGUUAUAGACAGACCACAACCUCCUGCCUCCAGUCCAGUGAUCUCCCUUGUCUCCCCAUCCAGCCUUGUGCUAUCCUGGUCAGGCCCCUGCUAUGAUGGCGGCAGUGCCAUCCUUGGUUAUGUUGUUGAAGUAAAUAACCAAGGAAGUGCAGAGCCUGAGGUUUGGAAGGAGCUAACAAGCGAGUGUAAGAGUACCUCAUACAAAGUGUCUUCUGGGCUUCAGCCACAACAGGAAUACUGCUUCAGAGUAAAGGCCUAUAACGCGGUAGGACUAAGUGAGCCAGGCCCAGUGUCACCAGUGGUGAGAAUGGAGAAAAGAGACAAGAUAAAAGAAGAAGCAGCCCCUCAGAUGUAUACCACUGUGUCUAUUGACUCUUCCCACAAAGUCACGGAACACUACGAUAUGCAGGAGAAACUUGGAAUGGGAAAAUUUGGCAUGGUGUACAAGCUCAUCCACAAAGAGACAGGACGUGUGUGCGCUGGGAAGUUCUACAAAGGACGCCGUGCCAAGGAGAGGGAAGCUGCUCGUAAUGAGAUAGAGUUGAUGAACUACCUCCACCACCCCAAACUGGUUCAGUGUCUGGCAGCAUAUGAUCACAAGUCUGAAAUAGUCAUGGUGAUGGAGUUUAUUGCAGGUGGGGAACUCUUUGAACGUAUUGUGGAUGACAACUUUGAGCACACGGAGCCUUCAAGUAUGCACUACAUGCAGCAGAUCCUGGAGGGGAUUGCCUACAUGCAUCAGCAAAACAUUGUCCAUCUGGACCUCAAACCUGAAAACAUCGUAUGUGUUGACACCACAGGCACCUCCAUAAAGAUCAUUGACUUUGGCUUAGCCAGUAGAGUAGAUCAAAACACACCUCUGAAGGUGAUGCACGGGACUCCAGAAUUUGUGGCCCCUGAAGUGAUCAACUAUGAGCCUGUGGGUUUGGAGACUGAUAUGUGGAGCAUUGGGGUGAUCUGCUACAUACUGCUCAGUGGGGAAUCUCCAUUCCAGGGAAACAGUGAUGCAGAGACCUUGGCCUUGGUCACAGCUGCUCAGUGGGAGUUUGACGAGGAGAGCUUUGACGAGAUAACAGAGGAGGCUAAAAAUUUCAUAAGCUCCCUGCUCAACAAAGACCCGAGGCGUAGGAUGACCUGUGAACAGGCACUUGCCCAUCCCUGGAUGGCAGCAUUUAAGUCUAAAGAGCUCACUCUGACCAAGAGUCUGUCCAAAGAGAAGAUGAAGAGGUUUUUGGCUAGACAGAAGUGGAAGAAAGCUGGCAAGGCCAUGUUAGCACUGAAGAGAAUGGCUCUGCUCUCUAAAGCGGAAGGCUCUGCAUCUCCCACAACUCCUGGAGGAGAGGCAGAGGAAGCGUUGACCUCCCUGGAGCUUAAGCUGCAGGAACCCCCAGUGUUCACAAAGAGGUUGAAAGACCGGACUGUAACUCAGGGAUCCAGUGCCCGUCUCUCGUGUCACCUCACAGGAUACCCUGACCCGGAGGUGCUGUGGCUGUGUGGUGAUGAGCCUAUUGAGGAGUCCCCCACUGUGCAAAUAGAGUAUGAGGAAGAUGGCCAGUGUACGCUGGUUCUAGCCAAAGUUGGCCCAGAGGACGGCAAUGUGUACACCUGUAGGGCCACUAAUGACCAUGGGGAGGCAUUUUGCUCAGCCAAAUUAACUGUCCAAAAGUAGAUUCAUUAUAUCAUAGUGUGCAUGCAGAAAUAACAAGUAUAAGUAGAAUUUUCUUGUUGCCUUGACCAGCUGUGUUGUACAUUGUUGUUUGUGGCUUCUGAUGAGUCAAAUAAAUAUUGUUACAGAGCUACAUGCAUAGAUUUAUAUUUUUAUGGUGUUCAGAUAUGGCUUCCACGCUGUGUUGAAAAUGAUGUUUUACGUAAAACCAUGAA